AUGGUGGAAGCUAUUGAAACCAGCAAGAAAGUACCGAGAAGACGUUUUGUGGGAAAGAAACCUGGAGCACCUGAUGAAUCUUCUGAAAAUGGAUCUGCUUUAGUUUCUUCUACCAAGAACAAACAUCUAGGGAGAGUCAUGAACCAGAUCCCUGACGAUAUUUUGAACGACAAGGAGUUGAAUGAAGCGAUAAAGCUUUUGCCAUCGAAUUACAACUUUGAAAUUCAGAAGACUGUAUGGAAUAUCAAAAAACAUGGCGCCAAAAGAGUUGCUCUCCAGAUGCCCGAAGGCUUGCUAAUCUACUCAUUGAUCAUUUCUGAUAUCUUGGAGCAGUUCUGUGAAGUCGAAACUGUAGUGAUGGGAGAUGUAUCAUAUGGUGCGUGUUGUAUCGACGACUAUACGGCUAGAUCACUUGAUUGUGACUUCAUUGUUCAUUAUGCCCAUUCAUGUUUGGUUCCUAUAGACAUCACUGCCAUCAAGGUGUUGUACGUUUUUGUCACCAUCAACAUCGAUGAAUCCCAUUUGAUCAACACGAUCAAGUUAAACUUCGACCAAGGCUCGCAAUUAGCUGUGUUUGGUACUAUUCAGUUCAACCCCACUAUUCACAGCGCGAAAGCCAAACUAGAGAGCGAUUCAGAGAAACCUAUAUACUUAAUACCUCCCCAGACUAGACCUCUUUCCAAGGGUGAAGUAUUGGGCUGCACAUCGGCCAGACUCAACAAGGAUCAUAUAAGCGGAAUGAUAUACAUCGGAGAUGGCCGUUUCCACUUGGAAAGUUCCAUGAUCCACAACCCAGAAAUCCCAGCAUAUAGAUACGACCCUUACUCAAGAAAGUUCACCAGAGAGUAUUACGACCAGAAGGAAAUGAUCCAGGUAAGAGACGAUGCCAUAAAGACAGCAUCAAAAGCAAAGAAGAUAGGCCUCAUACUCGGAGCUCUUGGAAGGCAAGGAAACCCCGUAACUCUAGACAAGCUUGAGCAAUCGUUAUCUUCUCGAGGCAUUCAGGUAGUCAAGAUCAUCUUGAGUGAAAUUUUUCCUCAGAAGCUUUCGAUGUUUGAUGAUGUAGACGCCUUUGUGCAAGUGGCCUGCCCCAGAUUAUCUAUAGACUGGGGUUACGCCUUCAACAAGCCGCUACUAACUCCUUACGAGGCUAUGGUGAUGCUAGAACAAGAUACUAAAUGGAGUGAAAAGUAUUAUCCUAUGGAUUACUAUGCUAAGGACGGCUAUGGACGAGGAAAAAUCCCCGACCAUAUCAACGUUAUAUAA